AUGGCCGAUGACAUUGACGAGGACGCCCAGACCACACUGCCAUUGGCCGUAAUGAACAAUUAUUUCAGUAUCGGAGCCGAUGCGCAUGUUGCCUUACAGUUUCACAUUUCCAGAAGCGCAAAUCCACAAAUGCUCAACAGCAGGCUCAGAAAUCGCAUUGCAUACGGUGGAUUGGGGACAAUUGAUUUGUUCAAACGUACCUGGAAAUUACUUCAUGAAUAUAUCACCCUCGAGUGCGAUGGCGUGGAUCUGACAUCAAAAAUCAAAGAAUUUAAAUUUCACUGCAUAUUAUUUCACAACAUAACUUACUAUGCGGGUGGAACAGUACCAUGGGGUACCGACGGUGACGAGAGCUGCCGGCCGUCAAACUGUGAUGGUAAAUUGGAGGCAACUCUUCAAAUGGGCGGUAAAGGUGAGCGCAUUGCUCAGUGCUCCAGAGCACGUAUUACAACAACAAAGGCUAUUCCAAUGCAAGUGGAUGGUGAGCCGUGUUUGCUGGCUCCAUCGGUUAUUGAAAUCUCUUUCCAUAGUCAGGUAUAUUUCAUUUCUGAGCUAAAAAAGAUCAGACAGCAUUACUGUACAUUUUCUUCGCAUAUUUUUGGAUGUUGGUCAUUGGUCAGGCUUUGAUC